GAUGGGGGACUAACGACAGGAAAGCAGAGAGAUAGUCAACGUUUUAAAAACGCCCAAGAUGCACCCACUUUUACUGAAAGUAAUUUAGGCGAAGGCGAACAGCAUAGAUUAUCGCGUGCACGGAGUACCUGCUCACUCUGAGGGGGGGGCUGGACAUGAUGGGAGGCGUCUCCAGCUUAAAGGCGAGUUUAUCACAGACGAUUAUUAUUGGGUUGAAACACAGGUCGAUUUACUGGGUCGGUUAGACCAGUUAGCGGUGAAUGCAUAAAACACGACGGAAUAUGCUCGUUUAUUUAAAAGUGCCUAUAAUGGAAACAUGAAGUCGGGUUUGGAAUGAAAUCGGACAAUAGAAACGCCGCGUAACUGAGAGAGCACGCCUACAACGACGAGGGACUGGUGCGUCUUGGCACCGGGGGGAAACACCAAACUUCUCUGACAAGCUGAGCAUCAAUUUAGGAUGAUUAAAGAACGGCAAACUAAGACUGGGCAUGUUUCCGUGGACUAACGUCUAUAAUGUAAAUUUAUUAUCAUCAACUUAAGAUACAGAAUACGGGUUGGAAAGCGUCCGUGUUGUGCUCAUUUUGCUCUCUCCAACCGUGCCAAUGCUGGAAUGGCUUGGGGCUCUGUGCAUUGUGAUCCUGGUGGUCUUCAUCUGGCCAGGCUCCAAAUAUUUUGCCACCGAGAACCACCCGAACGCUUUGCUUCAAGGACUGGGAAUGUCACAACAGGCAACGAAGGACAAGACCGGGAGGUGCGUCCCAGACCGUGAGUGGAGCGAUGGUGCCCAGACGGCCAGUGUGGGUGCGGGGACCGGCGAGGAAGCACGCACCGUGGCGCUAAUCUGCAAACCGUCCGCGCUGGCCAACUAUCUCCUGAAACACUGCAGGACUUUCAGUAAUUUCUCGCCGUGUGUGGGAUGGACGUGGCGGGCCAGCGCCUUCCUCCAGAGCGUGUACGAGGUGUGCUGGCAGUACGACAGCCCGGUCCAGUUUGUGCGGGACAACCUGCAGCUGAGCGACGAUGGGUUGGUGGCCUUGGACUGGGCAGUGCCAUCAUACCAGAAGCGACGCAGGACUUCCAGUCACUCCACCAGUCCCAUUCUGCUCAUCAUCCCAAACUCUUUUGGGAAGAUCACUAGAAACGUUUUAAAGUUGUGUGAGACGGCGCUGUCCCAUGGCUACCUUCCGGCAGUUUUCAACCGCCGCAGCCACAAUGGCACCCCGCUCACCACCCUCAAACUGCAGCAGUUCGGUGACCCUGCAGAUCUGCGCGAGGCUGUGCGGUACAUUCGCUACCGACAGCCUGCAGGGAGACUGUAUGCAGUAAGCGAGAGCACCGGGUCCGGUCUUCUCCUGUCUUACCUGGGGGAGUGUGGAUCAUCCAGCUACAUGACGGCGGCCGUCUGCCUGUCGCCCGUGUUCCGCUGUCAGAGCUGGUUUGAGAACGGGCUGUGCUGGCCCCUCCAGUGGGCGCUGGUGCUCUACCAGAAGAUAUGUCUCAGCAGGUACAAGACGGUGCUGGGUGAGACCAUACAGACAGACACCCUGUUUUCUAGCUGUUCCUUGCGUGGCCUGGAGGAGUCGCUGUUCUGUCAAGCUGGACAUGUGGACUCUGCAGCACCAACAGGGACCACCAGCAGCUGCAGCAGCAAUACGUCAGGUGCCUGGGAUGCUUACUGGGAACGCAACGAACCCCUGAGAGAUGUGGACGAAGUGGCUAUUCCUGUUCUGAGUGUGUGCGCUCAGGAUGACCCUGUCCGCGGUGACACCCAAUCCACGGUGCCCUUGGAACUCUUUGAGACAAACCCACAUUUUUUUCUCCUCCUAAGUGACCGUGGAGGUCACUGUGGUUUCUCCACCCAGUCCGAGGGGAGUGCCACCGGUGCAUUUGGAGUCAGUUCUGCCGCUGCGCCGAACAGUGGGAUAGGGAGCCGUGGGACCAACUGGAGCCACAAAGCUCUGCUGGAAUUCUUCAGGGCGACCACAGACUUCUUUACUGCAGAGGAUAGAGCAAAGCAGCUCGCUGCAAGGAGGAGGGGGCUGGGGGGAGGGGCAGGAGGAAGGGCUUUCCGCCACCGCAGCGUCAGUACAUGUAAACGAAUGCCAGCAUGUUCCCAUAAUAUCCACGCCAUUUACAAUUGGCAGAGGUCCUAUACACGAUGAGGGAUCUUAAUGGAAGUUAAUGGACUACACUGAUGCCUUCUGAUAUUGUUUGGAUUUGGGAUGUGAAGCGCUCAGAUUGUUCUCUGCCCAUGUGACACUCAGCUACAAAGUGUUAAAAUAGCCAAAACUAGAAAAGUGCAGCGGUUGUGAAGUACUGAGGUCAUAGAGUACCUUUAAAUGAGAGACAGUGUUUGUUGUUCUCACAUGCUGGAUGUGAGCCAUAAAACACUAGAAUAGAAAUAAAAACAUCAUGACAGGCCACAAGCUUGCACACAGUUGUUAUGUUUAACUGCCGAGCACUUGACAUGAAACUCUCAAGAUUGGCGGUUAAAUAUUUUUCUACCGACUGAUACAAAUCUCUUCACUGCCAGCUUAUAAAACUGAAGGAUUCUGUCACAGUUUUAUCAACACACACAUUCAUCUGCCUCACACUUUACUCCGUUUGCUACACCUGCAUCAUCAUUUGGGAUAUUUGAAACCUUGAAUCUUACUGUAUCUGUUUCUUUUCAUCACUGAAAGGUUAUUAAUUAGGGAGCAAAACUGAUUAAAGUCUUAUUAAAUAAACUCAUUAAUUAAUAAACUCAUCCAGUGUUAUUGGACUCAUUAACAGAGUCUACUGUGUGUAUUAUUGAACGUUCUCGUCUGUAUGGGAAAACAUCCUGUGAUACCCAAAAUAGAGGAACUUGUGUGAUGUGAUUGUCUCCCAGUCAGCUUUUAGAGGAAAGUCUGCAUCAUGAGGUAACAUUUUAAGGAGCUGGGUGGCUAGAAGCACUUUGAGUUUCCCUGUGUCAUCAUUUAAACUCCCUGCUACUCAGGACCUGAUAGUGGCGACACUGUGAGGGUGUCUGGUUUCGCAUUGAUAUGGAGCGGUUGAGAUUUAGCAGUGUAAUGUUGUUUGAAACAUUUCUCGAGUCCCUGAAAAUGUUAUUUGUUUAUCAUUCUUGUGCAAAUUAUGCAAAUUCAAAUUACACAAAGUAAUGAAAUAGUGUGUUGAAAGUGUUCAGUAAAGAAACUGUUCAAGGGCAGCUCAACAGAUUAAUUAGCAUGGAAAAGCCAAGGGUCAGAGUAGAAAGCAUACAUGUGUCAUGACACAAAACUACCAAGUGCUGUUUGUCAACUGAUUUUUGUUUUCUUCUGUUGUUUAAUGAACAUGCUUUACACCUGUUAGAUGUGUUAUAAUAUGUGAUGGAAUUAAAACAUUUAAAGUAUAAUAAAUGAACCAAGGUGACAAA